CAGAGUGUGACUUGAAUGCAGGGCAGGACUUAAUGUGCUGAGACGCAAAACUCAUUGCAAACGGUCUCUGGUGGAUCUGAGAUGCUUUGCAGCCUUAGUCAUCGCAGCUCCAUGAUGCGUUCAGGCCCAGUGGACCGUAUGCGUCUGUUUCCAGCGUGAUGCUGCUCCUCAUCUCUUGGAGUCAUGCCUUGGCUACAGUAGGAUUUCAGAGCUGGGAUGGAUUAUGGAUUAUGGAUUUGGAUGAUUUUUAAAGGCAAAUCGCUUCUGAUCCUGCAACAUGGAGUGAUUGACGCGCAGCAGAGGGUUCGGGAGUGAGGAGAUCGACCCUGUGGUCCAUCGCCUGCUUCAGUCCUGCGUGCUGACGGAGCCCCUUGGCAAUCGGCGCUGUUUCCUCUCCGUCUGUGGCUGGUGGGGGAGGCGGAGGUGGAACAGGCGUUUUAGAAACGAGAAAUGUUUUGUUUUGGGGGAUGAAUCGUGGCUUACGUUUUACUCCCAAACUUGUGGGUCCACUGCAGCAUUUUGGCGCUGCAGAUGAUCCGGAACAUCAUUAUAGAGGUGCCAACCACUGCGAUUUUUUUGGGGAAAAGAUAAGAGUGGCGUCGUCUCAAGUAUGGCAGCAGCGGAUCUGGAGAUCUGCCGCCUCAUAAUGAGCAAGACUGGAUCUUAAACCAGCAGCUUCCCGUCUAGAAUCCUGGGACUAAAGCAGCGGAUCCCGAUGGCAUGGACACUUAUGCGAGGUCUGUCGCGCCGCCGUGCUACUGGAGCCCACUCGCCGUGUCUUUCCUCGCCCCAGCUCCGUUGCCAUCGCCCCGCCGCAGCCCACAGAGCCGUGCCGCAACGCGACCCGCGACCACCGAGCCAAAGCAGGCGGCAUGAGGCUUGAUCCAGUCCACUUCUCCAUGCUGCUCAUCGGGGUCUCACUCGCCUGCUACUCCCCGAGUUUAAACUCCCUGCAGGACCAGGCUUUCAAAUCGAACGUGGUGAUCGAGGGCAAGGUGCAGUCCACGCCUGCGAACCUCUCCACGGAACCGUACCGCGUGAAUGUCAAAGUGCUCGAGGUUUGGCCCCUCAACAGCGGCGGUCUGGAGCGGGAGCAGCUCGUCACUGUGGGGGAGUUCGGAUCCCAGGCACCCUGCGCUAAAGUCAAGAAGAACCACAAGUAUAUCUUUUUCAUGGACCCAACUGACGAGCCUUUGGUUUUUAAAGCAUCAUUCGCGCCCCUGGACACGAGUGGGAAGAACCUCAAGAAGGAUGUUGGGAAGGUCUUGUGUGAGGACUGCGCUGCGGCUCCAAAGUUAAUACGAAUGAAGAGUCACCUAAUAGUGGACGAGGGGGGCAAGCUCACGGUCAAGUGUGAGGCGACGGGGAGCCCUCUGCCGACCUACACGUGGUUUAAAGACGGCAACGAGCUUAAGAAAAGCAAAAAAGUCCGAAUCAAGAGCGGACAGAAAAACUCCAGAGUCCAGAUCAGCAGAGCAGAACUGGAGGAUUCUGGGAAUUACACAUGUGUGGUGGAGAACCGCCUGGGAAAGGACAACUCCACUAGCACUGUUAACGUCCAAAGCAUAGCCACAACGUCAUCUCCAGCCUCAGGCCACGCCAGAAAAUGCAACGACACAGAAAAGACCUACUGUGUGAAUGGCGGCGACUGUUACUUCAUACAUGGUGUGGAUCAGCUCUCUUGCAAGUGUCCAAAUGACUUUACUGGUGAUCGCUGUCAAACCUACGUUAUGGCCAGUUUCUACCAGCAUCUUGGGAUUGAAUUUAUGGAGGCAGAGGAGCUUUACCAGAAAAGGGUCCUGACAAUCACUGGUAUCUGUGUGGCUCUGUUGGUGGUGGGCAUCGUGUGUGUGGUCGCCUACUGCAAAACCAAGAAACAAAGAAAUAGGAUGCACAAUCAUCUGAGGCAGAACAUGUGUCCAGAACACCCCAAUCGAAACCUUGCAAAUGGACCCAAUCACCCAGGACCAGGACCGGAAGAGAUCCCGAUGGUAGAUUACAUAUCAAAGAAUGUUCCAGCAACUGAACGAGUCAUACGGCCGGUAACAGAGGCAUCGUUCCCCGCCAGUCACGCUUCUUCCAGAUCUCACAAUUCUUCCACACGCGCCCACUCAUCCACUCACAGACAUGAAGAACGAACGUGGAGCCUGGAACAUUCUGACAGCAUCCUCUCUGACUCGCCGGGAAUGAUGUCAUCAUCUGUGGGGACCAGUAAAUGCAGCAGUCCAGCGUGCAUGGAGGCACGGGCCCGGCGUGCUGCUCACUGUGCUUACUCUGACCCUCACCCUCGGCCAGGGCUUCAAUAUGGGGACUCCUUCGACUCUCUGGGAGACUCUCCACACAGCGACAGAUAUGUGUCUGCUCUGACGACACCAGCUCGCCUCUCGCCAGUGGACUUCCAUUACUCGCUGCCCCCGCAGGUGCCUACCUUCCAGAUCACAUCACCCAAUGCCAGCCAUGCCAUGUCUCUCCCUCCUGCUGUCCACAAUCCGUACCCACUGGAGGACGACCAGCCGCUGCUGCGCCGCUACCAAGUGCCCCUCCACGACGCGCAGUGCCAGGAGGCCUACAGGCAGCAGCGUCGCACCUAUCUCAACGACAGCAGGGGAAACCUCCCCGCGAGCCCCUACCGGCUGGCCGAGGACGAAGACUAUGAGACCACCCAGGAGUAUCUCUCCUCUCGAGAACAACCAAAGAGAAGUGGAUCCAGUGGGGCCGGUAACCGGCGCUGGAGGAGAUCCAGACUCAACGGCCACGUGGCGCCCCGUGGAUAUGAAGCAUCUCGGGACUUUGGGUCUCGAAGCUGCCUCACGGAUAGCGAGUCAGAGGAGGACGGCGAGAGCACGCCCUUCCUGAGUAUGCAGAACAUGAACGCGGAGCCCUCCACCAUCUACAGGCCUGCCGACACUCGGACUUCUCACGCGUCGGGGCGGCAGAGUGCUCACGGAAACAUGCAUACGAGACUCACACACUCGCGCUCCAAAGCGGACAAUGCACCCCACUAGAGAGUGUCAAACCAUCCGACACAAAUCAAUAUAGUAUAGAUUGAUUUCUCAUCGAGGAGAAAUAUUUUUAUUUUAUAUAACUGACAGAUAUUCUAAACAAAUGAAAUAUUUAUUUUCAUUUUAGCAAAGUUGUCUACUAGUUAACAGCAAAGACUUUUUUAUAGGGAAAACUCUAUUUAUAUGUACAUUUUGAUUUACAGCAUAAAAAAAGAUGUGCCAGUUUUUUCACAAUGUUAAAAAAAAAUAGAGUAAUAUUGUGGUGCCUUUUGCUGUAUGCCGAUGCCCGAGGGCCAGUGGAGGUUUUUGUAGCCUUUCUUACAUGGACGCCUCAUUUUUAUACACAUGUAUGUUUGAUUUCUUCCACUAUGCGUUCCUGUUUUAUUUUAAGUUCUUUGAGGAGUCAAGCCCCACUGGAACAUACUCCCUCCAUGUCAUGCAAUAUAAACCAAUUUAACAUAAAGUGUAUGUUUACAUGGCUAUAAUUCCAGUUUAUGAUUUCAGGUCUUCGCCUGGAAAGGAGACAUUGAUAGGGUGUGUGUGUGUGUGUAGUUGUGAUUGUACCAUGAUCUUGGUGUUUGUUGUGGUGACACCAAAGGUGUGGGCUGGAGGAGGUUCACGGAGCAGUGCUUUAUCAGAACCUCCCGUGUAGGUGGAGGCAGGUGGAGCUGCUGUAGGUUCUGUGUGUUAUGCAGGUCAUCACUUGAUGUGUUUACAGCUAUUCUACCGUUCGCCCCACCCGCCCACUCAGCCCUGUCCCCUCCCCUCCACUUCUCCGCAGGCUUUCCCCGUGUUUUACGAGGCCGACAAACACUCAGCCGCCUGGCACAGGUUGACCCCUGCCAUUCAAGGUGGCAAAACAAAAAAAAAAUCCCAUCUGUUUUCACUCAAGCCGUCGGCUAAUCCCGCUCCCCGUCAUCCGUCUGUGUCCAUUCUGUGUUUUGUGGCUUGUGUAAAAAGGCCACACAGUGUCUCAGGAUUUCCACACGCUGCCCCC